AUCACAAACUUAGCGUGGCUUGAUACGUCACGGAAGAGAUCCUAAACUUCAAGUAACAUACGCUCGAAGAGGUGUAACUCUUGGCUUAUAAAAUGUCCAAACGGAUGACUAUGUGUAAAUGAAACGAUCUCGUUGCGCAGCCGGACUGAGUUGCCGCUCUAAACGAGCUAACGCUAACUUGUCAUGCUGGAUAAUGAACAAAACAUCAGCACCAAGGACUUUAAGGUCCUCACUUCAAAACGGAACAAAAUGAGAGUUUCUGGACAUUAUGCCAACUGAAGGGAGUUGUAACAAUCUUUCAGCAGAGGAAGAUGCUAAAAGAGAACCAAAUCUUCCCUUCCGUUUAGAAGAGUGCGUAAAAGAGAAAGUAUCAUGGAAGGAAGCGUUAAGAAAAAAGGUCAAAAAAUGUUCCUGCAGUACUGCUCGAGUCAAAUCCCAGAUCAUGAAGUCAUUCCCAAUAGUGAAAUGGCUACCACGAUAUCGCUUCAAAGACUGGAUCAUUGGAGAUGCCAUGUCAGGCCUUAUUGUUGGCAUUCUGUUGGUUCCCCAGUCCAUUGCUUAUUCUCUACUUGCAGGACAAGACCCUAUUUAUGGGCUCUAUACAUCUUUCUUUGCAAACAUUAUCUACGCAUUGCUGGGAACCUCCAGACACAUCUCUGUUGGGAUGUUUGGGGUAUUGUGUCUGCUGGUUGGGCAAGUAGUGGACAGGGAACUAACUUUGGCAGGAUACUCGUCAGACAUCAAUCAGACCACCCUGGGAAAUGUGGACAAUAGCACUGGUCCAAUUUGUGAUAGAAGCUGCUAUGCAAUCAUGGUGGGAGCAACACUAACUUUCACAGCAGGGAUCUACCAGGUGUUGAUGGGUCUGCUUCAGAUUGGCUUUGUCUCAGUAUUCCUCUCUGACUCCCUGUUGAGUGGUUUCGCAACUGGUGCCUCUCUAACCAUCCUCACAUCCCAGAUAAAGUACUUUCUAGGGCUUCACCUCCCUCGUGUCCAAGGCUGGGGUUCACUCAUAAAAACUUGGAUCAGUCUAUUUAAGAAUCUGGGUCAUACCAACCUGUGUGACCUCAUAACCAGCUUGAUCUGCUUGCUUGUACUUGUUCCUGCCAAAGAACUCAAUGAUCGCUUCAAGGCCAAGCUCAAGGCCCCAAUUCCCUUUGAACUCUUUGUGGUCAUCGCUGCUACUCUAGCUUCCCACUUUGGGCACUUCAAGGACACUUAUGGCUCAGAUGUAGCUGGCACCAUUCCAACUGGCUUUAUGGCACCACAGUCUCCAAACCUUUCUUUGGUUCCAAAUAUUGCUAUUGACGCAUUAUCGAUUGCCAUUGUUGGUUUUGCUAUUACAGUGUCUCUAUCUGAGAUGUUUGCCAAGAAGCAUGGAUAUAUUGUAAACGCAAAUCAAGAGCUGAAUGCCAUUGGGAACUGUAAUAUCAUUUCUUCCUACUUUCAUUGUUUCACGGUCAGUGCUGCCUUGACAAAGACUCUUGUGAAGGAGUCAACUGGAUGCCAUACUCAGAUUUCUGGAUUGGUGACUGCUCUAGUGCUGCUGCUCGUCAUGCUUGUUAUCGCACCUGCCUUCUAUUCAUUGCAAAAAUGCGUUCUGGCUGUCAUCAUAGUGGUUAACCUCCGCGGGGCACUGCGCAAGUUUGGCGACAUUCCCCAGAUGUGGCGUGUCAACCGUGUGGACACUGUCAUCUGGCUGCUGACCAUGGCUACAUCAGCUCUAGUGAACACUGAGCUAGGCCUGCUGGUUGGAGUUGUGGUUUCUGCCUUCUGUGUGUUAGGCAGAACCCAAUUCGCUCAAGCUCUUCAGCUGGGCCAAGCAGGAGACCGUGAGCUCUUUGAGGACAUUGCAUCAUACAAUGGACUUCAGACCCAACCAGAUGUGGCUGUUUUCCGAUACGAGGCUCCCAUCUACUACGCCAACCAAAGUCUGUUUAAAAAGUCGCUCUAUCGCAAUGUAGGCCUGGAUCCACUUAAAGAGAAAGCAAAACAAAGGAAACUAGAGAAGCAGAGGAAACAGAAACAUAGUAGAGAAGAUCAGAAGCAAGAGAUGGAUGCGUCCACCAAUGUAAAUCUGCUUCAGCACAGCAGUUUUCACACAUUGGUCAUAGACUGCAGUUCAGUCCUCUUUCUGGAUACUGCUGGAGUCAACGCUUUGAAAGAAGUAUUUAAGGACUACAAGGAGCUGGGAGUCAAUGUGCUUUUGGCACAAUGCAACACCUCUGUCAUUGAUUCGUUGCGCAGGGGAGACUACUACGACCCUAAUAAGGGGACCAAAGAUAUACAGUUUCACACUAUUGGUGAGGCCAUUUUAUAUGGCCAAAGCUUGAAGUCACAAAAUGGCAACUGUGACACUUCUGUAUGAUGUGUUGAUUUGAUUGAAGAUACAAUACUUUUGCCA